AUGACUACAUCGUGGCCGAGCUUUGUUUUUGUCAUUCUGUCCCAUGCUACACUACUCCUGGCUCAGCUUCAAUGCCCUCCCUUGGGACCGAUCUUGCCACCGCCGACAAACCUGACGCAGAAUUCGCAGCUACAACAAGUCAUUGCGGCAGUCAAUGCUCAACUACAAAAUUUCAGCUCCUCGCUGAAUGCAACGGCGCUCUCGGUGGGCGUGAGGUCCAUCCACGAGACGGCCCCUCUGUUGAGCUUCCACUAUACACCUUCGACAUUCAACAAGACCGGCACGCACAAAGUCGACGGCGACACCGUCUAUUCCAUCGGCAGUGCCACCAAGCUCUUCACGGCCCUCUCGAUCCUUCAGCUUCAGGGGAAAGUCGACCUGGCCGCCCCGAUCACGAAAUAUGUUCCCAAGCUCGCGCAACUGUCCAAGACCCGCGACCCUCUGCUGGCCGUUGAUUGGGAAACGGUCACUGUGGAUGCUCUCGCGAGCCACCUGGGCGGUAUCGGCGCAGAUCUCACGAACAACGUUAUCCCAUAUGUGUCUGGCAUUACCGAAGAGACUGGGUUGCCCCCACUGACCCGGUCCCAAGACUCACUUUCUUGUGGCGGCGCUCCUGGUACUCCGGGGUGCACCUGGGACGAUUUCUUCAACAACUUCGGUCGACGGCCUCCUGUCUACGCACCGUUCACGACUCCGGUGUACUCCAACAUCGGGUACGCGCUUCUCGGUCGGGUGAUCGAGAAUGUCAGCGGCAAGACCUACGCGGCGCACCUUGAAGACGCCAUCUUCGCGCCGGCCAACUUGAAACGCACGUUCCUCGGCGCUCCCUCGAAUAGCUCUAUCGGGUUCAUUCCCGCUGAGACCAACUGGUGGGGUACGCCUCUGGGCUACGAGAAUAGCUCGGGUGGAGUGUACUCGACCAACAACGACCUCCUAUCCUUCGGGGCCGCGAUCCUGUCGUCGAAGCUGCUCGCGCCGGCAAAGACUCGCGCGUGGAUGAAGCCCAAGACCUUCACCUCCUCGUCGGGCGUGUACGUCGGCGCGCCGUGGGAAAUCGCCCGCGGCGCCAACCUCACGUCGGACGGACGUGUCAUCGACUUCUACACCAAGACCGGCAACCUGGGCGACUACACGGCGAUCCUGGCGCUGGUCCCGGACUACGACCUGGUCGUGGCCAUCAACCUCGCCGGCCCGGACAGCUCGAUCGCGGCGAUCCAGGUGGUCUUCUCGACGCUGGUGCAGGCGCUCCUGCCCGGCGUCGCGCAGGUCGGGACGAGCGAGGCCGCGCACAAAUACGCCGGCACGUACACCUCGCCGUCGGGGGCCGGGACCGGGGCCGCGUCCAACGCCUCGAGCGCCAUCACCCUCGCCGUCGACGACUACGGGCUCGUGGUCUCGGCCUUUUCGGCCCGCGGUGUCGACGUGCGCGGCGCGAGCACGGGCUACGCCGCCCUCGCUGGCGGCGUGGACGCCAACACCACGAUCCGCCUGUACCCGACGGACCUCGCGUCGGGGAACCGGACGGCGUGGCGCGCGGUGUACCAGACGAGCUCGGCGGCGGAGCUGGCCGCGUUCGACGCGCAGCUCUUCUUCCCCCAGGGGAGCUGCCAGUCGUGGACGGGGGUCGAUCUGCAGACCUACGGCUUCGAGGCGCUGGAUUACUUUGUCUUCACGACGGCGGAGGAGGAGGACGGGGCGGUCGUCCAGGUCGAGCCCAAGGCGUGGCAGCUUGUGAUGGAGAGGACGGCCUCUUAG